CCGCUGCCCGCCACCCGCUGUCCCUUCCGCCUCACUCUGGCGCCACCACGGUGGGGACAGGCGUGGGCCAUGGAGCGGACGGUGGGCAAGGAACUCGCCCUGGCGCCGCUGCAGGACUGGGGCGAGGAGAGCGAGGACGGAGCGGUGUUCAGCGUGACCCUGCGGCGGCAGCGUAGCCAGCGCUCGAGCCCGGGGGCGGGGCCUGCACGUGGCCAGCCCCUGCUCCCCGUGGCCGAUACCUUUCUUCACUACCGCACCAGCAAAGUGCGGUCGCUCAGGGCAGCGCGGCUGGAGCGGCUGAUGCGCGAGCUGGUGUCCGGAGACCGCGAGCAGGACCCUGGCUUCGUGCCCGCCUUCCUGGCCACCCACCACGCCUUCGUGCCUACCGCCUGUGUCCUGCGCUUCCUCCUGCCGCCGCCGCCACCGCCGCUGCCGCCACUACCUCAGAGGACAGAGAGUGAGAAGACAGAGGGACACGACCUGAGCCUCAACAAGAAUCUGAGGGCCGUGGUGUCUGUGCUGGGCUCCUGGCUCCGAGAUCACCCUCAGGAUUUCCGAGACCCCCCUACCCACUCGGACCUGGGUCGCAUCCGAGUCUUUCUGAGCUGGGCAGCCCCUGGGGGUGCCGAGGCCCAGGAAGCCAAGAAGCUCUUGGAAGAUUUUUUGGAGGAGGCCGAUCAAGAGCAGAAAGAGGAGCAGCCUGUGUUGUGGACAGGACCUCCCAGGGCUGCCCAGCCCCCCCGACCGGAUUCCCCUAAAGGUUUCCCAGAGGAAGAGGAAGGUCCCCAGCGGGAAGGUCCAGAGCUCCUGGACUUUAGCGUGGACGAAGUGGCGGAGCAGCUGACCCUCAUGGAUGCGAAGCUCUUCUCGAAGGUGCGGUCCUGCGAGUGUCUGGGCUCCGUGUGGUCGCAGCGGGACCGUCCAGGGGCCUCGGGCGUCGCCCCCACCGUGCGCGCCACCGUGGCCCAGUUCAACGCAGUGACCGGCUGCGUGCUUGGCUCGGUGCUAGGGGCACCCGGCCUGGCAGCCUCGCAAAGGGCGCAGCGCAUCGAGAAGUGGAUCAGGAUCGCGCAGCGCUGCCGCGAACUGCGAAACUUCUCUUCCCUGCGCGCCGUCCUGUCUGCCCUGCAGUCGAACCCCAUCUACAGGCUGAAGCGCAGCUGGGGGGCCGUGAGCAGAGAACCACUUUCCACUUUCAGGAAGCUUUCGCAGAUUUUCUCCGAUGAGAACAACCACCUCAGUAGCCGAGAGAUUCUGUCCCAGGAGGAGGCCACAGAGGGACCCCAAGAGGAGGACAGCAGCCCAGGAUGCCUCUCCUCAAAACUGCCCUCAGGCCCUGUCCCCUACCUCGGCACCUUCCUCACGGACCUGGUUAUGCUGGACACAGCCCUGCCGGAUGUAUUGGAGGGUGAUCUCAUCAACUUUGAGAAACGGAGAAAGGAGUGGGAGAUCCUGGCCCGAAUCCAGCAGCUUCAGCGGCGCUGUCGGAGCUACAGCCUGCGCCCCCAUCCACCCGUCCUGGCUGCCCUGCGUGCCCAGCGCCAGCUCAGUGAGGAGCAGAGUUACCGAGUCUCCAGAGUCAUCGAGCCCCCAGCUGCCUCCUGCCCCAGCUCCCCGCGCAUCCGGCGCCGCAUCAGCCUUACCAAGCGGCUCAGUGCGAAGCUGUCUCGGGAGAAGAGCACACCCCCAGGCGGGAGUCCCGGGGACCCCUCAUCACCCACCUCCAGUCUGUCUCCAGGGUCCCCUCCAUCCAGUCCCAGAGCCAAGGUCCCUCCUGCUGGAAGUCCCCCAGGUUCUCCAGGUCCUCAGAGCUCAGGCACCAAGCGGCCCCUGAGCCUGGAACUGCCUGGUCUCCGGGCUCCCACGUUGCCUCUGAGCAGCUCCUGCGCCCCCGUCCCUGGAGAGCAGAGCUCGGAAGCCCGUGUCAUCCGCGUGAGCAUCCAGAACGACCACGGGAACCUGUACCGGAGCAUCCUGCUCACCAGCCAGGACAAAGCCCCCAGUGUGGUCCAGCGUGCCCUGGAGAAGCACCAUGUGCCGUGGCCCCGGGCCCACGCCUAUCAGCUCUUCCAGGUCCUCCCUGGGGACAAGGAGCUCCUGAUUCCCGACAACGCCAACGUGUUCUACGCCAUGAGCCCAGCCGCCCCCGGGGACUUCGUGCUGCGGCGGAAGGAGGGGGCUCGGCCCACAGGCUCUGCCUCCCAAUCCUGAGGGAGCCCUCUCCUCCCUCAGCUCCAGAGCACAGUGCCUUGUGUCACCCUGUGUGUGUGGGAAGUGGGGGGAGAGGCUCUCCUGGAACGCCACACCGCCACACGAGGCCAUCGUCUGUGGCACUGCGGCACACCUGCCCCAGUUUAGCCCGUUGGAAGCCAUCACUCUGACACCCUGGGCAGGCACAGGAUCUCUUUCAGAGACCUUAGUCCUCACCCUGGCUGCCAUGACAACAAGAGGGAAAAGCAAACUGAGGGCCUUAAGAGGGGAUGAACCCUGCUGUGAUGGUGCAGGCCUGUGAUCCAGCACUCAGGAGGCUGGGUCAGGAGGAUCCUGAGACUUAGAGUCUAUCCCGCGCUACAAACCCGAGUGCUGGCCAGUAAGAUGUCAAAGGGAGAAGGGUCUGCCCUGGUCUGUCCUCCCCUUGGCCCUUUCUGUCCUUGGCUGCUGCAAUGAAGAUGAGGAGUGGAUCAUGUUGGCCUGGGUGGUUCGCAUCCUCUGAGCUAAGCUGGAAGGCCUGGGGCUCUGAGUUCAGGGAGCUUGCUGCUACUUGAAGCGGUGGCUGACAGAAAUAAACUCUUACCUCCCUG